UACAAAUGCCAGCCUAUUUGCAAUCUGACUGUAAUGGAGCAUAUCAGAUUGUUACUCAGUUGUUCUUGCAUGAUCAUUAUGUGUCCUCCUCAGCAGCACUGCUACAAAUAUCCCAUCUUCCUCUUCAUAGUCAACCAUAGAAAUUAGACUAUUUUGUAUAACAUAACAGCAAUGGCUAAGCUAGCUCUGCCAAGUCCUGUUAUUUCUCUCCUGCUUCUGUUCUUCUUCUCGGGGGAGAUUUCGAUGUUGGUGAAUGGACAGAAAACUUGGUGUGUGGCAAAGCCUGCAGCACCACAACAUGCACUGCAGUCAGCUCUGGACUAUGCCUGUAACUAUGCGGAUUGCAGCCCUACCAAGAAAGGAGGUUCUUGCUAUGACCCUGAUAGGCCAGUGCACCAUGCCUCAUUUGCCAUGAAUGCUUACUACCAGAAGAUGGGAAGAAACCAAUGGAAUUGUCAUUUUAACAAUACUAGUCUGAUUUCCUUGGCAGAUCCAAGUUACAAUCCCUGCUGCCAAUUUGUGAGUGGAGGAUCUGGACCUCCACUGCCACAGGAAAAGGAGGAUACUUGGUGUGUGCCUAAGCCAGGAACCCCAGACUCUGCAUUACAGAACAUCAUAAACCUCACUUGUGGAAUAUUAAAAGAAUGCAGUGAAAUACAAGAACAUGGUUCAUGCUACUUUCCAAAUACCCUCAUACACCAUGCCUCAUUUGCCAUGAAUCUUUACUAUAAGACCGAUGGACGCUACAAUUGUGAUUUCAAUGGUGUUGGCCUUAUCGUUGUCACUAAUCCAAGUUUUGGUGACUGUAUCUAUGUCUGAGUCUGCCCAAAAGGAAAAUGGAAACUGUAAUUU